GGAAGAACCUUGUCAAAGGCGUUUAGAACUAUUUAUGGCCUUCAAAGUGACAUACAUUCGACGCCUUUUCUCAUGAUAUCUGUUAACAAAGAGGUUUGGUUCACAUCUCUUUAGGACUCUAAAUCAGCGUGAGACUCAAUAAUAUGGGUAUUCCAUUCUUUUGGGCAAAAUCCCCAUAGCUCGUGAUUUCAUGACGUCUACCAGCUCCGCCCGAGAAGAAGCGACCCGUCACGUUUUCGGAUGGUAUAGGAAAACCUGUUUAUUGCCAUACUAUUAGUCUCAGUGAACGCUUAUAGCUUCAGACGAUUUGUUGACGCCAUCAGCCAGUUAGUGAUUUACUUCCAACCAAGUUCAGCACACGUCCGAGCGUUGGGAUGAGCAGAUCAGUGUUGAUAGUGGCACUCGUGUUUCUUAUCGGAGAACAUUUCGCGCGUGGACAGGAAUGCAUAGGAAAGUGCGUAAAAAAAGAUGAAUGCAUGCUAGUGGGUAGCACUGAUGUAGUUGUGGUACCUACACUUCCUAUUACUCCAGUAGGUUCCAUUGGUGUAGAUUUUAUCGACCUCAGAUUGGACGAAGGUUGCGAUCGAUUGGAAACCUGUUGCAAUGAGCGUGAUAUCAUCCCCAGCAUGCCUAAGGAUCAAAGUUCUUUCGAGCAGUGUGGGGUUCGGAAUUUGAACGGAAUCGGUUAUAGGCUAGUGGGAAAUAAAGCGGGUGUAUCGGAAUAUGGUGAAUUCCCGUGGACACUAAUGGUGUUGAGAUCGCAGAUGGUAGUCGACAUAGUAAAAGAAGUCUACGUAUGUGGAGCUUCGCUGAUUGCCCCGAAUUUAGCGAUAACGGCAGCACAUUGCGUGACGAGUUAUAAAACCGAAAAGUUCUACGUCAGAGCGGGUGAAUGGGAUACGAAUACAGACAAAGAACUGUUUGCAACCCAGACCCGUGAUAUAAUAGAUGUAAUAAUCCACGAAAAUUACAAUAAGUACCACCACAACAAUAUUGCGCUACUCAAAAUCGACACACCCUUUAAUGCAGAUAAAAAUAUUCAAACUAUUUGCCUUCCUCCACCAAACGCUAGUUUCAAUGGUCAAGAAUGUUUCACCGGUGCUUGGGGGAAGGACAAAUUUGACCAAGGGAAGCUACAAAAUAUCCUCAGGAGGGUUGAAGUUCCAGUUGUUCCUCAUGAGGAAUGCCAGAAUGCAUUUAGGUCCACUAGGUUAGGGCCACACUUUGUGCUGGAUGAUAGUUACAUCUGUGCCGGCGGUGAGGAAAAUGUAGACGUUUGUACUGGAGAUGGUGGUGCUCCGCUUGUUUGUGCCAUAGCCGAGGACAGCUCGCGAUACUAUCAGGUGGGAAUCGUUGCCUGGGGCAUUGGAUGCGGCCAAAAAGGGAUUCCAGGAGCAUAUACAGAUGUUGCUAGAUUUGUUCCGUGGAUUUACAACAAUAUGGAUGCUCUGGGUGUGAAUAGAAAGACUUCUACAUUUUCUUAAUGUGUAUACUGCCUAUGAUCGCAAAUCAGUCUCAUAAAGAUAUAUAGAAAAUGGGACAAUUUUGCGAUCAUGGGUAGUAUAGUUCUGAUAAAUUAAAGAGUAUUUGACCAUUUGUUCGAUUUAUUAGCAACAGACAGGUUAUUUUGUUCAUAUUUUGACGUGAAUUUAGGUUCAUAUUUAUAUUUAAUUGCAACGCCUUAAUACGUGACCUUAACAGAGUCAAUUUUAUAAAUUAUCAAUAAAUAAAAUGAAAAUAUAA